GGUCCAAACCCGCGGUUAUCAGUCCUGAUCGCCAAGCCUCACGACUGCCUUGCUUGGUGAUGCAUGUGGCGGAUCCUUGACUUGAAACAAUCACAGGACAACGCUCCAGUCACGUCAGCUCCUUCGGUACUCCGUACUGUGUACCCCAACAUGAACAUUCGCUGGCUCCAUCUAUCUACCUACCUAUUCAACGAGCAGUGUUGGACUGUCGUCAGUCUCAUGCCGAUUGAUAAGCAACCUAGGUUUAUCUUAGUCCUUCCUUUCCCGCAACAUCGCUUCCCCUCCAAAACGUGCUCCUUCACCAAGAGCAAGCAAAUGUAGCUGCCAGUUUGUUUUGCUCGGUAAAACUUUUCAAUUUGUUUUUCAGCCAAAUGGCUCGCAGCGUACCAACUAUCGAGAGCGACAUGUCCCCUGCCAUGCAUACCGAGGUUAAUGGGGAAUCGCAAGCCGGACCGCCAAUUAUUGAUGCUGGGGCACGCAAUCGGAGAGGCACCAUCCCGUUCCACAUCCAUGAGCAAACGCCCUUAUUGCAACAAGAAAACGAAGAACUCGAAUCAAUUCAUGAGAGCCUGACUGACCCACAAAAUGAGGCCGCCGCUGGUCAGGAAAGCUUUUGGCGGACCUGCAGACGGCCGAGCCUCCUCUGGAUUCUUCCGUUUCUCAUAGUUUAUAUGCUGGGCGUUGGGGGCACCGCGGUCCCCAGGAUUAACUUGAUGAUGUCUCUCAUCUGCAGGGACUACAUGGCCAGGAAGGCGACUGAGAGUCCAGGUUUUACGUAUCUCCCUGUCAUUAUUGGGAGUCAUAAUUCGCAGUGCCAGACGCCUGAGGUUCAGUCAAAACUUGCCCAGUUUCAGUUGUACUUCAAUCUGUUGGCAGGUAUCCUAUCUGCGCUAGCCUGCCCGAGACUGGGCCAUCUAUCCGAUCGCUACGGUAGAACGAAGAUUCUAGCCCUUAGUGCAUUUGGAACAGUUUUGGCAGAAGCCAUCACCGUCUUCGUCGCAGCCAGACCAGAUCUUGUAUCCGUGAAUGUGCUUCUACUUGCUGCGUUCGUGGACGGCCUAUGUGGAUCUUUUACGACUAUAAUGGCAUUGACGAUGUCUUAUGCCUCCGACUGCACCGCUCAAUCGAAGCGGAGUGCGGCAUUCGGGUACAUAUACGGCUCCCUUUUCGUUGGUGUCGCGGCCGGGCCAAUGCUGGCGGCUAUACUGAUUAAGAAAACAGGACAAGCACUGAGUACCUUCAAUGCUUCGCUAGCAUUGCAUGUGCUUUACUUCAUAGCAGUCUUGACCAUUGUCCCAGAAUCAUUGUCGAAAGAACGACAGCAUAUUUCACGAGACAGUCACCGGAGCAAGGUUUCUAAUGAAGGGGAGGCGGGUUGGCUCUCUCUGGAGAACUUGAACCCCAAAAGAUUAAUAACUCCUCUAUCCAUUUUAUUCCCGCCAGUCGGACGUCCAAGUGCUCUAUUUCCCAACCGUCACGGUGCGAGUCCGGCGUUGCGAAGAAACAUCAUUCUUCUCACCGCGAUAGACACCAUUGCAUUUGGUGUGGCAAUGGGGACCGCUCAAGUGGUCAUCAUCUAUGCUGAGUAUAAAUUCGAUUGGGGCAAUGUCGAAUCGAGCGUCUUUAUAUCUAUUGUAAGCAUCGCUCGGGUCGUCAACCUCUUCGUUGUGUAUCCAAUUGUGACAGCAAUCUUUCGUGAACCGCCGAAACCAGAGCAUAUCGUUUCCGGCUCUAGCACUUGUGAGGUCGUUCUUAUACGGAUUUCUCUUCUCUUAGAAAUGAUUGGCUAUGUUGGAUACGCAAUGUCGAAUCAGAGUUCGGCCAUGGUGCUCUCGGGUAUAGUCACAGCGCUUGGAGGCAUCGCAAUACCGACAUUGCAGUCAUCCCUCACGAAGCACGUACCCCGUGAACGGUUAGGGCAGAUCCUUGGAGCGAAAGGCCUUUUGCAUGCUCUCGCUCGAGUAGUUGCCCCAACCGUUUGCAGCCUCCUUUACAGCUUGACAGUGGGUAAAUUCACUCCAACGGUAUUUGUUUGCCUGGGAGCUCUGUUCGGGCUGGCUUUCUGUGGCAGCUUUUACAUUAAACCACAUGUCUGUCUUGAAGACUCUUAUCCGGGCAGUCCUCAUGAGGAGGCCAACGAAGAGGGGUUUGUGCCUGACUCUAUGCUCUAAGGGGGGGGAGGGAGUUAAGACUCUGGAGUAAUUCUAGAGUACCUACUCAGUACUCAGUACCCAGUACUCCGUACAGUCGGCCUAUCCGCCGAUAGCGGCCGGCUUUCGGUCAAAUUAGAUUGAUUAUCCGUUGGUAGUGGUACGAUAUAUCGGAUGGAAAAUGAAGGUGAAAUUGUAUUUCCGCCGAUAUG